AAGGCGGGCGGAGAUAGGGGGAGCGGCGGUGUAGCCCUCCGGCUGGCCCCGCCCCUUAUUUCUCCGCUCCCCCGUCGCGGGCCCCGCCCUCCGCUCCCCUCGGCGCCUGUCAGCGAAGGGUUCGACGGGCUCGCCUCGGCCUGGCCUAGUCCGGCCUCCUCCCUCCUCCCUCCUCCCUCCUCCGCGGGGCGGAAACCGCGGAAGGACAGCGCCCGCCGGGCAAGCAGCGAAGGCCGCGGCGUCGCCAUGGGAACCCGCGACGACGAGUACGACUACCUCUUCAAAGUUGUGCUGAUUGGAGACUCUGGGGUGGGAAAGAGCAAUCUCCUGUCCCGCUUCACACGCAAUGAGUUCAACCUGGAGAGCAAAAGCACCAUCGGCGUGGAGUUUGCCACCAGAAGCAUCCAGGUGGAUGGGAAGACGAUAAAGGCACAGAUCUGGGACACCGCUGGUCAGGAGCGAUAUCGGGCCAUCACCUCUGCGUACUACCGUGGAGCCGUCGGGGCACUUCUGGUUUACGACAUCGCCAAGCACCUGACGUACGAGAACGUGGAACGCUGGCUGAAGGAGCUCCGGGAUCACGCGGACAACAAUAUCGUCAUCAUGCUGGUGGGGAACAAGAGCGACUUGCGCCACCUGAGGGCUGUGCCCACAGACGAGGCCCGCGCUUUUGCAGAAAAAAACAACUUGUCUUUCAUUGAAACUUCAGCGCUUGAUUCAACAAAUGUAGAAGAAGCUUUCAAGAAUAUUCUCACAGAGAUUCACCGUGACAGGUUCCCCAGGAAGCAGAUUGGGUAGACCCGAUUCGCUCCAUGACGAGUCUCCUGGAAACAAUGUGGUGGAUAUCAGCGUGCCCCCCACCACCGACGGACAGAAAUCCAACAAACUCCAGUGUUGCCAGAACCUGUGACCUCUCGGGACACGCUCCUGCCUCUCACGAUGCCUGAGCUUCACUUAGAAAUCCGUGUGCACUCCUCCUCCAGUGUCUCCUCUCAUCCAGUGCCCCCCCAUUACAUUUUCACAACCCCACUCCACCUUUCCCCCCUCCUCUUAGAGUGUUGCCUCCAUAGGGUUAGCAUUCCUUUGCCUCUGGUGAAUCCUGUUAGAAUGUGUUUUCUUUAUAAAAAAAAGAAUUGGGGGUUGGGGUUGAAUUAUAAAUAUUGAGUUGGCAGAUGGUCGGGGUUUGGUUGUCUCUUGCUUAUGAAAAAUCUACUAAAAACAGUGACUCCCCCCAUGCCCCCCUACUCUUUAACUUUCAUUUUCCUCUCUCUCACCUAUGGGAAUGGAAGAAGACGUUUGUUGUUGUUGUUGUCAUUGUGGGGG